AUGAGUGAAUAUCGGAGAAGUUUAUAUAAGGAACUUAAACAAGCAUUUACGCCACAAAAACACAAUCGGCUUAAUCGGCAGCUACAAGAAGCCAAUCGUAACAAACAAAGGAAUGAACAAUUUCAAUUGUCCCGUCAAAUAUCGGUUAGUCCAACGCCAAAGAAGCGUCUGCUAUCAGAGAAAGAAAAUAUCCACGAUGGAAAUGAGACUAACAAUGUUGUGGAGGUGGUGGCAAAUGGUUCGCGUACCGCAAAACUUAUUUGCACAGCCCGCGAUCCAGCGAAAAUCAAGAAACAAGAGGCUUUCAUAUUGAGAUUUCUCGAUUGGAGAGAUAAGAAGAAAUCGUUGAUGGAGAAAAGAAAGGCCGAAGCUAUGAAAAAGAAACCCUUCGUGUCAGCUGUUGGUAAACAUGCAGGAUUUGGUCAUGGUGGUGGUUGCAAUGCAGGCCCAAUGAGUUUGGCGCCAAAUAAUAAUACAUCAGCGACAACAAAUCAUCAGGCAAGUUUUGUGCCCAAAGGAUAUCAGGCAAAUUUCGAACCACCACCUGGCCUAAAGGAUCCCGGCGAUAUUGUAAAGGAUAAAGCAAAAAGUAGACAAUCCAUAUAUACAGUGGUACCAACACCACCCAAAAAGAAACCCGAAACAACGGGUAAAAAAGUGGUGCCUCUUGCCAAAAAGGUUUUGGUGACGAAUUUCAGUGCCAAUGCAGUGAAAACAAAAUUGAGCAAUAAAACGCCACAGCGCACGGAAGUGGGAAAUAAAAAUGUAAUGAACAGUGGUGGCGGAGGCAUUAAAACGAAACCCACAACAUUUUCCUCUGGGUCGUCCACAAAACCCUCAUCCACAACUAAACCAACAAAUAAUAAUUUAAUUAAAACUUCCCAAACCAAUAAGAAUGGUCUAAAUUCCGCAUCGUCAUCAUCAUCAUCGGCGUCGAAAUUCAAAACUCAAACGAAUACAGCACUCAAACCAAGGCAACUUAAAAUGCCACCUCCCUCAAGUAUACCACCGAAAAAACCCGGACAAACAGCGACAUCUUCAGCUUCCGGUAACGUUGUGAGGAAAAGUACUAUACCCGCCAUAAAAGUAACCACAGUUGGUGCCAAAUCUAGGUUCUCAAAUACGGGCGCAAGAAAACCCACAGAAACGGCGUCCCGACAUCAUCUGAAUAAAAAAUCACCACAACAACCCCAAAAGAAUGCUCGUCUAACACAGACAAUGAAGGCCAAGAAACCCAUUAAACCAGCCACCACAAAUACCACCAACAAAUUGCUAUCAUUAAUGGUAUCACAGGCUAAUGAAAUGGUCUCCGAUAUGGUAGUACAAACACCCAGAGAUUUCUCCAAUUCAAAUCAUUUUGAUGAGUUUGUCACCUCGACUAAGGUGAAGAAUUCCAAUUCCACAUUGGAUGAUGUUGAUGGUGUAAGUCCCAUAGAAAUGUUAUCGAAACGAACGUCAGGACAUUCUGCAGCCAAGAGAAAUUUGCUUAAGGAUGCCACCACCAAUAAAAUGGCAACAGCGACUUCGGCCAAUAAUCAUUUAACAGAAGAUGAAGAGGUGCGGCCAUUAUCAAAUGUAAAUCCCAGCAAGAGAUUUAAUUUCAUACGAUAUUCCGAAGUUAAUGUUAGUUUUAAUGAUAAUCCUUCAGAAGAAAACAAAGAGAAAGAAGAAGAAAAUCAUAAAAAGGAAGUUGAAGAUGAGGACAAAUUGUCACCUGAAAAGGUCGCAAAAGAAAUCCCUAAUGAAUCCCCCAAACAAAAUCUAAAUAAUACAAUUACACUGGAAGCACCCUCGACACCCGCUGAGAAAACUCCCACAAAAUUAUUAACUGAAGAUAAACCGGUCAAUUAUUUAAGUCCAUUUGUCAGUGUUAGCCGUGGCAAGGUUAGCUUAAAAAAGGAAAAAGAAAGACGUAGUAGCAUUUAUAUGGUCAACCGCAUUGAAGAUGAACUUAACAACUCGAAACGUCUGUCACUGCAACCUACAAGUCCAUUGGGACAGAAAAUACCAACCGAGGAACCAAAAUCACCACAAUACUCUGCUGAAGUUAUGCGAACACUAGAGGCUGUACGCUAUUUCCGUAAACAGUUACAGGAUGAAAUAGAUCGUCUACAUGCCAAAUGUGAUGUCUGGGAAGAAUAUAAAAAUGGUAAUUUGGAAAAAUUACAGGCGGUCAAUGGCGAUGAUAUGAUCGAUGUCACAAUUGGUCAAACUAAAUUGCUGACCAGUAAGAAAUUUAUGCAAUUCAAAGGCCUGAUAGAUCGUUGUGAGGCUCGGGCAACUGGCAUUAAUGAUGUACCCGAUGAUGGCAGUGAAAAAACGAAAAAUGUCGAUGCUGUGGAUUUGGAAGGUUUCUGGUCAAUGUUGGGUUUGCAGGUUGAUAAUCUAGAAAAACGGUUUGAGAAUUUGGAGCGUUGGAAAGCCAAUGAUUGGCAAGACCCGGAUGAGGUAAAACCCAAGGCCAAGGCGAAACCCAAAAACUUAACAAAAGUUAAAAAGGCCGGGCCAGCAGCAACGAAGGCCCGACCCAAUUCAGCCUUGCAACAAAUGUUGCGGAAAAUGCAAGCCGAUAUGCGCAAUAAAAAGGCCAAUAAUUUGUUAGUAAAUACGGAUGAUGUUGUCCUUACACCCUCCAAGGUUAGAGAUCGUAAAUAUUUCUCACCCGCCGCCACUGUUGUGGCCAUACCAGCCUCCAAUCGCCGAUUAUCGAUUUUGUUGGCCGAAAAUGCAGCUGAGGGUGGCUGUGGUGGUGGCGGCAGCUCUCCCAAUCGUCGAAUGUCUUUGUUGGGUCGUAAAAAUUCUCAAGAUUCUCCUCGCCGAAUGUCACUAAUGAAUGCACGUAAAAAUUCACAAGACACUCCCAAUCGUAGAGUAUCGUUGAUGAUGCAAAAGAAUCCCAUAAUGGAAUUUCGUGAAUCGAACGUUGAUGAUGAGGAAAACUCUUGCGGGACAAAGAGCAAUUCUUCGGUGAAUGGUAAAAUAAAUGAGGAAAACGCUGCCGCUUAUAUGUCACCUGUAGUAAAGUCACGUAAAUCGAUAUUGAAAACACCCGGCACGGCUAGAAGUAAAUUACGAAAUGUGGUAUUCAAUGAAAAGUUGAGAGUUAAAAAAUUCAAUUUCAUUGUAAAUGAUGAAGAUGGCAAUGUGGUUGAUGAUGAUCAAUGCAAUAAAUCGAACGAAGAGCUAAUGGAUAAAAUCGGUACUUAUUCACUGAGAAAUCGUAAAGUUCGUUUACGUCCAUCAUGUGAAAUUGUUAUACCCAAAUAG